GACAGAAUUAGUGAGCAUCGAGUCAAGUGCAGCUGAUACAUCACAUUCACUCAGCACUCAUGUAAUGGUGCUGACUGCACCCAGGGUUUGGAUCAAGAACUUCAUUCCACCUGAUCUCUUCAGGAGAUCAAUCAUACACCUCAGAUUUCUCGUCCCCUUCUAGGGCAUCUGUCAUGAACUGGAACUGGCUGCAGGCCCUCCUCAGUGGGGUCAGCAAUUACUCCACAGUGUUCGGUCGGGUCUGGCUCUCAGUGGUCUUCAUCUUCCGGGUGAUGGUGUUUGUGGUGGCAGCUCAGCGGGUGUGGGCUGACGAAAGGAAAGACUUUGAAUGCAACACUAAACAGCCAGGCUGCGUCAACGUGUGCUAUGACCACUUCUUCCCCAUCUCCCACAUCAGCCUGUGGGCCCUGCAGCUCAUCUUCGUCACGUGCCCAUCGCUGAUGGUUAUUGCCCAUGUCAAAUAUCGACAGAUGAAGAACUCAAAGUACACCACCAUCCAUGAGGGUAAACACCUGUAUGCCCGCCCUGGGAGGAAACGUGGAGGGCUGUGGUGGACAUACCUGGUGAGCCUGAUUUUAAAGGCAAGCUUUGACGCUGCUUUCCUCUGCAUCCUUUAUUAUGUCUACGACGGGUUCUACUUACCCGGUUUGUUAAAGUGUUCAAUGGAUCCUUGCCCGAACACAGUGGACUGUUCCAUAUCCCGCCCCACGGAGAAGAAGAUCUUCACUCUCUUCAUGGUGGUGUCCUCUGCUGUCUGCAUCUUGAUGUGUAUCUGUGAGAUGGUUUACUUCAUCUGCAAGAAAGUCAAGAAACGAGUCAUUGAGAAAAUAGAUGACGAGUCUCGUGAGUUGAAGUCAUCGUCAACACCUCAUUCAAGGCACAAGUCUAGAUCAUCUUUGAGAGUGGAUCCAACAAUCUCUAACCAAAACCUGAAUAACAUCAAGACUGAGGAGGCACCACCUAUGAAAUAAGAACUAUGUUGCUCGAGCUACUCUGAAAAACUAACUGAAUAACUCCAGGUGACACUGGAAGCAAAUGCAUGCUUCCAACUGCUUGCAGAACUGUUGCUCACAGAAAAGAAAAGAAGUACCAAGUAUUUGUAAAUAUUACCAUGUUAAUGAAAUUCUGCAUGUAAAUCGACAGCAAAAUUGUGAGUCAAAGAGGACGCAAUUUUUUGUGCAUUUAUGUUCUGUGUGUGUAUGUGUGUGUGUCUGUAUUCAUGCUUUUAUGUAGCCUGUGCAUAAUUGGCCAAUAGUAAAUUGCGAUAAGCUGUUAUAUCAGGUAUCAAUGGAUAAAACUUGAACAUUUUAAAAUGUUUUAAAAAUGUAUGUGUGUGUGUGUGUGUGUGUUCGGGGGGCUUGUUGCAAUAUAUAAAGUUGUUCCACUGUUAAAAUAUGUUUACAUAUGUCUUGUUUUCUUCAUGCAUUUCACAAUUAUCAAACGGUUACCAGGUCAGUUGGGCAGACUACAUGCUGUAAGUGAACCCUGUAUUCACCUUACGAUUACACGCUGAGUCACUCACAAAGUACUUCACAAUAGCCUUCACACAAAGCUUUACUUUACAAUAGAGAUAGAUAUAUGACCCCG